GACCUCGCUGGGGUUUCCAGUUUCCAAACCCUCUGUGAUCUCCCAGCUGGAAGGAGGGGAAGAGCCGUGGGUCCUGGAUCUCCCUGGUUCAGAGGAAAGUGAGAUCCCGAGAAGUCCCUGCACAGCAGGUGAUGGGGUGGUGAGGGAGAAUGAGGAGCAGAAUCCUCACCAGGAAGAUGCUGAGCUAGCCCGAGCAGAUGGGGAAUUACUGCAAAGAUCCAAAGGGAAUGUGUCCAGGUGCCAUGAGCUGGGAAAAGCUGGUGAAAGUUACCACAGACCAGAGAGAGAGCAGGGAAACCACUCAGAGGAUAGAGUGGAUGAACCCAUUAAUUGUCAGGGAACUCACAAGGAUUUCAAGGAAACUACAUCCCAGGAGAAAAUCCUCAUGGAAAAGAGAGAGAAUACAUGCAGUGAGUGUGGGAAAAACUUCAAUUACCGCUCAGCCCUUAUUCGACAUGAGAUAAUCCACACGAAAGAGAGACCCUACGAAUGCUAUGAGUGUGGGAAAAGCUUCAGUCAUACCUCAGCCCUUAUUAGACAUCACCGAAUACACAGAGGAGAUAGACCUUAUAAAUGCUGUGAGUGCGGGAAAAGCUUCACUCAGAGCUCAGACCUUUCUGCCCAUCAGAGAAUCCAUACAGGGGAGAGACCCUAUGAAUGCAGGGAGUGCGGGAAAAGCUUCAAUCAUCGUUCAGCCCUUAUCUCUCAUCAGAGAAUUCACACCGGAGAGCGACCUUACGAAUGCUGUGAGUGCAGGAUAAGUUUCACUCAGAGAUCAGCCCUUCUCUCUCAUCACAGAAUCCACACAGGAGAGCGACCCUACACAUGCUCUGAGUGUGGGAAAAGCUUCACUCGAAGCUCAAACCUUACUACGCAUCAGAGGAUCCACACAGGAGAGAGACCCUAUGAAUGCAGCGAGUGCGGGAAAAGUUUCACUGACAUCUCCUCCCUUAUCUCUCAUCAGAGAAUCCACACGGGAGAGAAACCCUAUGAAUGUUGUGAGUGUGGGAAAAGCUUCUCUCAGAGCUCAACCCUUAUUACACAUCACAGAAUCCACACAGGACACAGACCCUAUGAAUGCUGCGAGUGUGGGAAAAGCUUCUCUCAGAGCUCAGGCCUUCUCUAUCAUCAGAGAAUCCGUAAAGGAGAUAAACGCCAUAAAAACCUUCUCUAGAGCUGUCAGAAGAUUUUUUUUCUAAAUUAUUUUGAGAGUUCCCAGGUAGUGACUGCUAAGGAUGCCUGCAUCUUUUGCACACUGUAGUCCCUUAGCUCACACACAUGAGUUGCCCACUUUUGAAGCUCGCCCGUCUUUGGGGUGGAUCCUGUGGUUCUUUCUGUCAACUCCAUUGUCCUUCAAGUCAUGGGAGCGGGUGUCCUUUCUACCAGGAAUGUCCAUCACCCCAAGUGAAGGAGAUGGGGGUGUCUUCAGCCAGUUACAUCAAG